CUGCCAAAGGCCCCAGGCGACAUAGGCAGUUGAAGUGAAAGUGAAAGAGAAGCAGACUAGAGAAGAGACCAAGUACAAGGAAGGUGCUCACAGAACCCUCUCCUCGGCUGCGGGGGAUCUCCAGCAAGGGAGAGCCUGAGAGCAACCUCAUGGGCUCGGAGCUCAGCUGGUGUCUGCUGUUCAGUUUGGCUCUCUCUGGGGCGACAGAGACUGAGCCCCUCACAGCAGAAAGCCAGUGGCAGGCCACGGACAUAGUCCUAGACUGCUUCUUGGUGACAAAAGACAGGCACCGAGGGGCCUUUGCCAGCAGUGGGGACAGAGAAAAGGCCUUGCUUGUGCUGAAGCAGGUGCCAGUGCUGGACGAUGGCUCCCUGGAAGGCAUCACAGAUUUCCAAGGAAGCACAGCGGCCGAAGAUGGUUCACUUAUUAUCUUUGAGGCCUCAGUGGACUUGGUACAGAUUCCCCAGGCGGAGGCUUUGCUCCAUGCUGACUGCAGUGGGAAGGUGGUGACCUGUGAGAUCUCCCAGUAUUUCCUCCAGGCCACACAAGAGGCCACUUCUGAGAGAGCAGAUUGGUUCAUCAUCAACAUACAGGUCUCUCGAGGGGGCCCCAGUGUCUCCAUGGUGAUGAAGACUCUCAGAGAUGCUGACACUGGAGCUGUCUGGCACCCUACGCUGAACCUACCCAUGAGCCCCCAGGGCACUGUGAGGACUGAAGUGGAGUUCCAGGUGACAUCAGAGACCCAGGCCGUGAAUCAUCUCCUGGGGUCCUCUGUCUCUCUGCACUGCAGUUUCUCCACGGCACCAGGCCUGGACCUCACUGGCGUGGAGUGGCGGCUGCAGCAUAAAGGCAGCGGCCAGCUGGUGUACAGCUGGAAGACAGGGCAGGUGCAGGCUCUGCGCACGGGUGCCUCGCUGGAGCCUGAGCAGCUACUCGCGGCUGGGGAUGCCUCCCUCACCUUACCCAACCUCAGCCUAAAGGAUGAGGGGAGCUACAUCUGCCAGGUCACUACCUCUCUGUACCAAGCUCAACAGAUCAUCCUACUUAACAUCUUAGCUCCCCCCAAAGUACAACUGAACUUGGCAAACAAAGACCUGCUGCCUUCCCUCGUCUGCAGUGUGGCUGGCUAUUACCCUAUGGAUGUGGCAGUGACAUGGAUUCGAGAGGAGCCAGGUGGAAUUCCAGCCCAAGUCUCUGGUGCCUCGUUCUCUGGCCUCAGGCAAAGCAUGAUGGGAACCUACAGCAUCUCUUCCACUGUGACAGUGGAGCCUGGCCCCUCCGGUGCCACUUACAUUUGCCAAGUUACCCACAUCUCCCUGGAGGAGCCCCGCAGAGUCAGCAUGAGGAUAUCCACACACACAGAGCAGAGAAGAGCCUUUGGAGUCAUCUUUGCCAGCAUUCUCUUCCUUUUGGCACUGCUGUAUCUGGGACUUCGGAGACAGCAGGGUCCGCCAAGACCCUGAGGCACUCUGGGUAGCCGCUCUCCCG